CUUCCCCUCGCCCUCCGCAUCCCUUUUCGGUGCGGUUCAGCACGCCGCCCAACAUGAUUCCCGCCAUCACUGCAAAGUAUGACUGGAUUCUGGCAUUGACCUCUAUUGCCUUCGUCUUCAGCGCCUUCGGAAAUGGUGCCAACGAUGUGGCCAACUCAUACGCAACGUCCGUGGCUGCUCGGACCCUGGAGAUGUGGCAGGCUGGUAUCCUGGCUACUAUCACCGAAUUCGUCGGUGCCGUGGCUUUGGGUAGUCGUGUGACUUCAACUAUUAAAUCUGGCAUUAUCAGUCCCGACCGCUUCGUGGGCAAGCCCGGCACUUUCAUGCUGGCCAUGGGCUGUGCAGAGAUUGGAAGUGCCGCCUGGCUGAUGGUGGCGACUAACCUCGGGUGGCCGGUAUCAACCACGCAAACCGUCGUCGGUGCUUUGGUCGGUGUUGGAUUCGCUGCACAAGCAGAGAUUUCCUGGGGAUGGAAGAGUGGCAGUGUGUCCCAAGUCGCAGCAUCCUGGGGUAUUGCCCCGGCUGUGGCUUGCGGUUUCUCGGCUCUUAUCUUCGGUAUCCUCAAGUAUAGCGUGCUGGAGCGUAAGGACCCUUUCAAAUGGGGUAUGCGUCUCAUUCCCGUCUACCUCUCCAUGACCGGAGCUAUCCUCGCCCUUUUCAUCGUGGUUGAGGCCCCUACUGCUCCUUCGCUCGAGGAGUUCGGUGCCGGCAAGGCUGUCGGUAUCGUCCUCGGUGUCCUCUUCGGCUGUCUCCUCAUUUCCUACGUCUUCUUCGUCCCUUAUUUCCACCGUCGCCUCGUGAAAGAGGAUCCCCGUAUUCAAGUCUGGCACCUUCCCCUCGGCCCCUGGCUGCUUAAGGAUGACUGCCCCCUCUACUGGCCUGGCAAGGGUGAAAAUUUUGUCAUCAACUACUACGAAGACGCCCAUGGUGAAGUCCGCGCCGGCCAGAAGGAUAACGAGAAAGCAACCGAUAAGAAGGACACGAACAUUUCCGACCUCGAGCGCACCGCUGAAUCAGCCAUGGCCACGCCCCAAAUCCAACCAAAAAAGCCCAUCAUCGGCCCCCACGAGCGCUUCCUCCAGCCCGUCGAACACCUCUCCUGGCUCAGUCCGGCCAAAUACUGGGGCUGGACCAAAUUUAUCCUCCUCCAGGGCGUCACUCGCGACGUCGUCACCCACGACUCGGAGCACCUCCGUGCCGUCCACGCCCGUGCCCGCCGCUACGACGACCGCGUCGAGCAUCUCUGGACCUACUGCCAAGUUGUCUCCGCCAUGAUGAUGUCCAUCGCUCACGGCUCUAACGAUGUCGCUAACGCUGUUGGCCCCUGGGCUGGCUCGUACGCCACCUACCUCUCUGGCGAGGUGAACACCAAGGCGGAAACUCCUGUCUGGUUCCUCGUCAUUGCCGGUUUGCUCCUGGGUGCCGGAUUCUGGUUCUAUGGGUACCACGUGAUGCGCGCGAUGGGUAACAAGAUCACCCAGAUGUCACCCACCCGUGGGUUUGCCACUGAGCUUGGAGCCGCGAUCACUGUCCUCCUGGCGUCUCGACUGGGUCUCCCCGUUUCGACCACACAGUGCCUUACUGGAGCCGCUACUGGUGUGGCUCUCAUGAACUUUGAUAUGGGAGCCAUGAACUGGCGCCAGCUUGGAUUCAUUUUUAUGGGCUGGGUUUUGACCUUGCCUGCUGCUGGAUUGGUUGCAGGACUGAUGUGUUUGAUGGCUUUGAAUGCCCCUCACUUUUAGUGAAUUUUUGGCGUGAUUCAAAUGGCACGUUGAUGGCGUUGUUGUAUAGAGAUUUCCGGGUUUGUUGUUCUGGAU